GCAAAAGGCGCUGCCUGGCUGGAAGAAGGACAGACACGAAAGCAUGAGUAAUGGAUCACACCUCAUUCUGGGACAACAUCUUCAUGAGACUUUAUUUUAGGUAAUUAUUUCUGUCUGUACACGCCGCGAGACUCAGGUGUUAACACAAUGGAUGCAGUCUUGAGCAGGCUGAAAACCCUGACCCCAGAUGAACUGCGGGAGGAGAUCACACGGGCAGGAUUGAAGUGUGGACCGAUAACUGCCACCACUAGGAGCAUCUUUGAGAAGAAACUUGCUCGAGCUCUGUUGGAGGAACAGCCGGGAGAGUGCACAAGGCCUGAAGUGGACAAUGGAGAAAAGGGUAGCUCUUCAGACCAUGCUCAGUUUCCGCCAGCGAAUUCAGAUGCGCUGAAUACAGACACGAGUCUCUCACCACAGGUUACCGAAGAUGGUACACCUCUGGCGUUUCCUGAUUCCCCAUCUUUAUUUUAUGGGGUUUUGCCUCCUCUAGAUGACCCACCUAAUGAUGGUUUCCUCCACGUUUACGGUGACAAGCAAAAAGCACUAAAAGUGGCGACGGCAAUGAAAGGCGCCCGGUUUAAAGCUUUCUGUAACAGAAAGGACGCUGAGGACUUUGCUAAGGGCUUGUACGAUGGUGGUGUGACACCCAGUAAAGAUUCAGCAGACAAAUCACCGAAUCAGGAAACGUUACAUUUGGAGAAGGCAAAUGAGUUCAGGAGUCCACGCACACAAGACCUGACCUCAAAACUUAGAAGAGCUGUAGAGAAGGGAGACGAAAAGGCUUUUAAAGAUCUCGUCUGGAAUAACCCAAGAUACCUUAUCGGUUCUGGUGACAACCCGACCAUCGUCCAGGAGGGCUGCAGAUACAACGUCCUGCACGUUGCAGCGAAAGAGAACCAAGCAGAGAUGGCCCACCUCAUACUGGAGACCCUACAGAGUCUGGAGUUCAUGCACCUCAUGUAUCCUGACGAUCAGGAAGAGAUGCUCUGGCAACGGAUCGACUACAUCGUGGACCUGUACCUCAACACACCUGAUAAAGGGAGCAACGAGACACCACUUCACUUCGCCUGUAAGUUUGGAUGUCCAGAUGUAGUGAACGUUCUCUGCUCACAUCCAAGCAUCGAUAAGAGCUGCAGGAACAAAUAUGGACAGAUGCCAUUGAGUGUGGUGUGUGAAAGGAAAAACAAAAGUAAGGAAACUAAAGCAAAGAUUCAAGAAUAUUUAGAGGAUCGUUUUUGCGUGCACUUAUUUAGAGCCACGGAUAACACACUUAACCCGGUGAUCGGUUCACCCUGGGCCCCUGGUACCCCCAAAUAUCGGGAUAUGUCACCAAUCCCUGGGUUGACUGAGGAUCCUAAAAACCCGCUGAUGACUAUUAGGGCAUUUGUAGGCCCUCUGAAUUUAUCAAAGGCAGAUGAGUUUCACAAGCUGUGGAAAACACCGCCUCGUGAUCGAGCAAAGUACUUUCAUCACAUUUUAAAAUCAGAUCCUGAUCGAGGAGCGGAAAGGGUAGGGAGAGAGUUGGCACAUGAGAUGGAGUACCCCUGGGCUGAAUACUGGGACUUCUUGAAUUGCUUCACAGACCUCUCUACGGAGGACGGCUUGAGCAUGCUGGAGGAUUAUUUGAGCACAUCUGUCCAGCACAAGAACGAUCCAGAGAAAAACUUUUUAGAUUUGAAAAGUUCACCUCCUGCUCGUAAAAUUCCAUCUAACAUCGAGGCACUGCACGAUGAUCCCCCGCCCACAGGCACGUCAGUGGACCGAGACAGCUGGACUGAACUAAAUGACUCAUCGUCUGUCAGUAGCAGGUUUCCGGUGUGUGACCUGAGGAAUGAGUUUGAGAGGGUCGCUCUGAAGCGGUCUCCUGCUGCUGAGGAUUCGACAGACUCGGGUUUGGAUAAUCUCAGUGUGUCUGGUUCUGAAGAGUUGAAUGAAUGCUCUUUAGGAGCGUGGGAUUGGAGCGAGAGAGAGGCGGGUGACUCCGGCUCAGAGGAUUACCACACAGCGGAUGAGGACACAGACAGCGUCUGCCUGACCGACAGCGGCAGAGGGAUAAGUACACCGGCACGGGGCCCUGAAGAAGUUCUGAGCAGCUCUGAGUCUUCCUGCUCCUCCUACAAAUCCACACACAGCUCGCCUGAAGGUCCCGAGGAGGUUCAGCCACAGGUGUUUCUCGCCGGUGACUCUCCCAGUAAGCUGGACAAUGAGGUGUUGUUAGCAGUGACUGGAGCAGAUGUAGAUGAUCAGCGUUUUCCCUGCAUUAGCAGAUGGAGGAACCGUGUUUGUUCUUAUCCCGAGUCUCAGAGGCACCGAUGGCCCAGUGUUCUGGUGAUGAACAGGCACACAGAGAGGCAGACGUCUACUCCUCGCAGACUUACACACAGCUGGCUAACUGGCUCGCCCAGCUUCCUCGGCCCGAACAAGUUCUUCCCUGCGUCCUGCGUGUAUAAUGGGUCACCCGACAAACACUUCACAUGCGCUUAGACACUCAUUCUAUAGCACACUCGAUGCAGUUUACAAGACAGACACUUUUUUGUUAAUCAUUGCACUAGAUAAAAAUCUCCUGACAUUGGUAAUUUUACUUUGGUCAAACAAAAAUAGCUUGACGGAACACUAAUUGGUACCUUAGUUGACCAAAUAUUUGCAUGGUUAUGAUUUAUACAGUAGCACUUUGUCUUUGUUGCUGUUAUUUGCAAUAGUUAUAUUAUUCUAAUCAUAUUCUAAUUAUAUUAUUAUUUAGUGUUAUGUACAUAGUUUUUGUUUUUUUUCCGCACUUUAGUCACAACACAAUGCAUAAAUGGAAAAGUAUCUUUUUCUGCUAAAAUCUUUCAUAGUUUAUAUUCUGUUUUUGUAUUUAAUGAAUAAUUCGCGCUGCAUCGCCCCGACUGUUCACUGUGUAUCAUAAAUAAUAUAUCGGCUUGUGGAAUUGCACUAUAAUCUGUCUACUUAAUGUCAAUAUUUGCCAAAGAGAGUAAGCAUAAUGAUGAAUGAAGAAUAAACUGAGCACACGGGCUUC